GAUACGCAAGCACUGUUUGUUUGAGGACCAGAAACGUAUUCCAAAAGCGCGAAUCAUCAACAAUCCCGUCACUUCCAUCAACUCUUCAGUCGACGAGCAACGCGCCCACCUUACACCCAGAGCACUUAAACCCUUGAGGGCAGCCUUCCGCGAUGUGGGGCCGGCUGGCCCAGGCCGGCGCAGCCUGCCGGGGGGCGCAGGGGCAGCCCAGGUGGGCUGGCGGGGGCCACACUAGCGGCGUCACCGCCCUGUUCGCCUCCGCGAGCGCUGCAGCUGUAGAUGGCGCCGCAGCCGCCCCUGCUGCUACCGCAGUCCCUGCAGCGGGCGCGGCUGCAGCAGCAGCAGCAGCAGCAGUAACUGCAGUCGCUGCAGCGGGGUCGGCGGCCGCCGUGCAUGCGGCGCGAGCUGCGCCGUCACCGCUGCGGCGGCUGGCGGUCGUGGGCGCGAGUUUGGGCGUGGGGGCGGGGGCCUCGUACCUGGUGUUCCAGCCCUCUCCAGAGGCAAUCAAGGCAGCGUACCUGACGCCCGUGCGGCUAGCGCGGGAUGUGUACACGGCGGCGGCCAUCGUGCUGGACUACAAGCUGUCGUUGAAGCCGGGGCUGGCGGGCGAGGAGCGUGAGGCCGUGCUGCGUGCCUGCCACCAGCGCGGCGCGGACCGGCUGCUGCAGCUGUGUUUCGCCAACGGCGGGAUCUACACCAAGCUGGGGCAGCACGUGGGGCAGCUGGACCACCUGCUCCCGGAGCCGUACGUGGAGACCAUGAAGGCGCACCUGCUGGACCGCUGCCCCGUGUCGGACAUACGCGAGGUCCGCCGCAUGUUCGUGCAGGACUUCGGCGCACCUCCGGAGCAGCUGUUUGCCUACUUCUCGCCCACACCCAUCGCCAGCGCGUCGCUGGCACAGGUGCACGAGGCGCGCGACCACGCCGGCCGCCGCCUGGCGGUAAAGGUGCAGCACGCGGGCCUGCGCGAGAGCUGCGCCGCCGACGUGGCCACUGUGGAGGCGCUAGUUGGCUGCGUGCGAUGGGUGUUCCCGGACUUUGACUACCGCUGGCUGGUGGACGAGAUCAAGGAGAACCUGCCGCGGGAGUUGGACUUCCGUCACGAGGCCGCCAACUCGGAGCGGUGCCGCGCCAAUCUGGAGGCCUCGGCCAAGGCGGGCGCCUGGCAUGCCGACAGGGUGCACGUGCCGGCUGUGGACUACCGCACCUGCUCGCCGCGCAUUCUCACCAUGGAGUUUAUCGACGGCGUGAGGGUCACCGACGUGGCGGCGUUGAAGAAGCUGGGCGUGUCGCCGCGUGCGGUAUCGCUGCUGGUGGCGGAGACCUUCAACGAGAUGAUCUUCACACACGGCUACGUUCACUGCGACCCGCACGCUGCGAACAUGCUCGUGCGCAAGGUGAACGGCCACGUGCAGCUGGUGCUGUUGGACCACGGCCUGUACAAGUCCAUCACCGACUCCUUCAGGCUGGAGUACGCGGCGCUGUGGCGCGCGCUCAUCUUCGCGGACGCGGACGGCAUCCGCCGCCACUCCGCCGCCAUGAACGCGGGGGACGCGUACGACAUCUUCGCGGCCAUGCUGACGCAGCGGCCCUGGGAGCAGAUCCUGGAGCAGCGCUCCGACCACCUGCACGUGGAGCGCUCUGCGGAGACGCGGCAGAUGGCGGCGGACUACAUGGCCAAGUACGGCAGGGAGAUCAGCGGUCUGCUGCAGCGCAUGCCGCGGCCGCUGCUGCUGCUGCUCAAGACCAACGACUGCCUGCGCAGCGUGGACUACGCGCUGGGGCAGCCCGUCAACAACUUCGUCAUCACCGCGCGGGAGUGCAGUGCGGCGCUGGCGCGUGAGCGGCUGCGAGGCCACCCCGGGGCUCUGGUGUGGCUGGGCGUGGCGUGGGAGCGGCUGCAGGUGGAGACGCGAAUGCUGAUGUUUGAGGCGCUCGUAGUCUGGACCAAGAUCAAGGCACGGAUGGGGAUGGGGCCGCGGAGAGGCAGAAAGGCCGCGCAGGCAUCAGAGCAGCCGCAUCCGCUUUAGUGCUGCAGUGUGCUGGCGGGAUGGGGUUGAGCGGGAGGGACCUUCGAUUGUGUUGAUAGUGUGGAUGAGCGUGCCGAGCGCAAGAGUGCGUGCGGAGUGUGUGCUGAGAGGGGCAGUCAGAGCAGAAGCGGAGGGAAGUGUGUGGAGGGUGCGAGCGUUGCAUAAGCGGAGAAAGCAAGUGGGAUAAGGGUUGCUGGCACGGGGUGCUGGUGCUCGCGGCUGGAGUGGAUUGGUUCUUGCUACUCAAAAGCCACGAGCGCCUGGAUGAGUUCCCAGGCGCCACUCUUACGCGGAUACGACUGGAUAAGUUUUCAAAGGAGC